AUGAACAAGGAGAACGUCUGCGUCGGCGACGUCUUCCGGAUUGGCAAAGAUGUUGUGGUCGAGGUGAGCGAGCCGCUCAGCCCGUGUUAUAAGCUGAACCUGCGCUUCGAAUGGGGCACGGCGCUUAAGCGUGUGAGUCGCACGGCGCGGACGGGGUGGAAUAUGAGAGUCAAGACGGCGGGGUAUAUCUGCGCGGGCGAUGGGAUGCAGCUGGUGGAGCGGCCUCAUCCGCGGUGGUCGAUUCUCAACAUUAAGCGCGUGAUCCAGGGGAAGAAUGUCGCGCUGCAUUUGGUGGCCGAGCUGUGCAAUUUGGACGUGGUGAUGAGCAUGGUCCGCGACUUUGCGCAGAACCGCCUGCAUUCGACGCCAAAGAGAUACGAAGUCGUCGAGGGCAAACCCAUCACGUCGCGGGUCAAGCAGUUCACCUUCCAGCUCCGGGAGCCCUUUACGAUCAACGAGCCCGCCUUUAGAGAGUUUGCGUUUGCGCAGAUUGAGUUUGGCAUGGGCGAGGAGAGGUCUUUGCGUUCAUACUCGAUUAUGUCGGGCGACUUGAACCAGUUUUCACUUGGUGUGGCCCACGACGAUCAUUCCAGGGGCGGAUCGAGGUAUCUUCACACGAAGCUCAAGGUCGGGGAUAUGAUUACCAUGGCCCCUGGCGGGGUUCCGAAAGCCGUGGAGGACGAGCAGAAAUGCAUCAAGGAUGGGCUGGUUGAAAACCGACUCGUUAUUAUCGGGGGCAUUGGCGUCACGGCCUUUCUCCCCAAGAUUGCUGAGUGGGAGAAGAAGGACAUUGACUACGAGGUACAUUACGCAACACGAAGCCGCGACGAGGCUGCUUUCUUGGACCGCUUUCCCGACGAAAAGAUCACACUCUAUGCCAAAACCGAAGGCAAGCGUCUGGACUUGAACACCCUGAUCCAGGGUCCUGACAAAGAUGGAAAGCACACCACGAGAAUCUACUGUUGCGGCCCAGAAGGGCUGAUGAACGCCGCUCAGAGACGAGCCGAUGACCUGGGAUUCCCAGACCACAUGCUACACUUCGAGAGCUUCGGAGCGGACUCCGCGGGGACGAAAGGCGAGCCGUUCACUGUCGAAGUGAACGAGCUCGAGUCACGACGGAAGGAGAAGUUGGACGUGCCCUCCGACAAGACGCUGUUAACGGUGUUACGGGAGGCUGGCUUCGACAUGACCUUUUUCUGCGAAAUGGGCGGCUGCGGUGCUUGCAAGGUGACUGUUUGUGAUGGCAAGAUUGCCCACAAAGGCACGGCGCUCUAUCCGAAAGAGAAGAAAACCAAUAUGCUCAGCUGUGUGAGUCGCGGGAGUGGGCACAUCAAGAUAGAGCUAGAUUGA